AUGGUAUCAGACUCGAAGCAGAUUCUGGAAGCAGCGUCGGGCUUCUUCCACAAGCUCUUCGGGAAAGAUUGGAGGGUGGAUUUCUCUAACUGGUUGCCGAAGCAAAGGCUCUGUGAAGCGGAAGCGGGGGGGUUGGCAACAGACUGGUCAGAAGAUGAAGUGAAAGCGGCUUUCAAGUCGCUAGCGAGGAACAAAUCACCGGGUGCGGAUGGCUUACCGAAAGAACUUUUUGAAGAACAUUGGGAUGUGCUCGGUAGCAGCUUCAUGGCACUGGUAGCAGAUUUCACCGCAACUGCUGAGCUCCCAGAUGAAGUGAAGGAGGCGGUCACCAUCCUCCUGUAUAAGAAGGGAGACAGAAGUCAGCUCAACAACUAUAGGCCCAUCACGCUGUUGAAUUUCUCCUAUAAGAUCAUGGCGAAGCUGCUGGCGGACAGGAUUAAUAAAGUUCUUCACCUGGUGAUUUCCCCGGAGCAGUACGGCUUCAUUCCCGGGCAAAGGCUUGCUGAUGCCGUGGCGCUGGUAGCGGACAUUAUUGAUGCGGCAAAGAAUGGGAUCAAGGACUGGUACUUGCUUCUGGUGGAUUUCCAGAAAGCUUUUGAUUCGGUGUUGCGAAGUUUUCUCUUCAACAUUCUUCGCGAGAUGGGGUUCCCGCCCCGUUUUGUGGCUUGGGUGGAGGGGCUGCACACACAUACCACAAUGAAGCUGUUAGUAAACGGUUGGAUCGGGCAAGGCAUUGAUGUGGUCUCCGGGGUGAGACAAGGUUGUCCGCUGGCCCCAUAUCGGUUCCUGUAUGCGGUGGAGCUGUUGGUGUCAAGAUAG